GCUAGAAUUCCAGCACGUUUCCAUGCCGUCCCUACGUGCUGAGCUCUUCCCGUUUCACUCGCAGCUACUCAGGGAAUCCCGGUUGGUUUCUCUUCCUCCCCUUAUUAAUAUGCUUAAAUUUAGGAGGUAGUCACACAUCACUUGAGGCCUACGUGGUGUAACCGAGACGUAAGUAUUACAGCUACCCACCCAAAAACUCGCGGUGACCCAAAAACUCGCGCAUAUUUCGCAUUUCGGAUCGCGUCUGAGUUCACGCGUCCUGACCGCCAUCGCUCUUGUUGCUGCAACGACAACCUGCACCGUUUCCCGUAGAAUGGCCCGUAUUUGCAACGCCUGCACUAUGGAAAUUGCGGAGGCAUCUAUCAGCUGCUGCCUGUGCGACUCCCCAUUUCAUCAGCGCUGCACUUCGGUUCCCGCUGAUCUGUUCCUGCGCAUUUCGGAAUAUAAACAAUUACACUGGUGCUGUAUUGGCUGCAACAACGUCUUCAUGAAUCCGCGCACCAAGUUCGUAAAAGACGCAGCCAUGCAAUCUGGGUUCCAGGCGGCAAUAACGACAGUAGCCGAAAGCAUCAAGACCGUUAUGGAGCCAUUGACUAACGAAAUUAAAACUGGGUUUGCACGGAUGAGCCAACUUGACCUAAAAACUCCACGUAGCAGUCACCCUCCCGCAAAAAUUCGUCGCAUAAAUCCAUCCAAACGUUUGUUUUCCGAUGUCAUUAAGGACAAUCACGCAUUGUUUACAUUCGGUGCUACGAGCAAUCAAAGAAAUAGCCAAAACAACAAUACGAAGCGAACUGACGAUGUUCAACGCAAAACUCAUGCACCACCUGUGAUAACUGGCACAAAAAAGGAUAUAGCAGCAUUUCCAAUCAAAAUAGUACCCGCUCAUUCCGCGGUGCAAAAAUGCGCGUUGUAUAUUUCCCGGCUCUCUCCCGAUACAACCAGUGACCAAAUUGUACAAAUGGUCAAACAAGCUUUAUCCAUUGACGAUGCUACAGCAUACUGUCUUAUUCGCCAGGGUACAAAUACGGCUACACUCUCAUUCCUGUCGUUUAAAGUGUUAGUGCCUUUAUCACUACGUGACAAGGCUCUUUCCCCUGACACCUGGCCUCUUGGCCUAUCAGUACGUGAAUUCAUUGACUACCGAACUCAACAGCCGAGUGCAAAUUUUCGUAUACAACCGCCAAUGGGUCUCUCCACCCCUACAACUUUGCCUACGGUGCUAAAUAUUCGGUCACCGCCACUGCUGGAUCACACAAUUUUAUCGGCACACACUCCACGCACAUCACCAACACCGCAAACCCACUAAUAUUCACCGGUAUUCAGUCCACGCACAUCGCGCACACUUACAAUCACACAAAUCAUCCUGACACGUCUCAAGAAACGAAGAACACCGGCGCUGAAACAACGUUAGUAAAUAAUAAUUGCACUUACCAGACGAUUGUUUUUCCUACAACAAACAAUAUUUUUUCGACUGAGGCAGUGCUUGACGAAAGGCGCACGCAACUUAAUGAUCGUGAAACCAAAACAAACCAUCGCCAAAGAACGGACACUACACUCACACAAUCGCACGGCUAUCAUGUCAAUCCUACAGGGGUCGCCUGCCGUAAUAAUACUGACGAAUUAUUGUUCCUGUACCAAAACGUUAGAGGAUUGAAAUCUAAAUGCAAUCAAGUAUUUGACUAUGUUUCUACAACCCACUAUGACGUUAUUAUCCUGACUGAAACAUGGUUGGAUUCAACGAUUGAUUCCUCGGAAUUGUUCCCGGUUAAUUAUACAGUGUAUAGAACAGACCGCAGCAGCAAAAAUAGUAAAAAAUCAAUCGGUGGCGGGGUUCUCAUUGCCGUUGCUUCACACCUACGUACAAUACUUUGUCCUACACAGGAUACCGUUGAGCAACUCUGGGUAAGAGUUUAUGGUAAUAAACGUACUUUUAUCACGGGUGUAGUGUACAUUCCUCCAGAUUUAGUAAACAACACUACUACCAUGCAAACUAUCUGCUCCACCAUAGAUAAUAUUGCUUGUGCAACCACCGAUACGUUUCUCCUAUUCGGGGACUUUAACUUCCCCAAUCUUUCCUGGAACACCGAUGAUUCUAACGUUCCUGCACUGCGAAUCAAUUAUGAGAAUUCACGAAUUACGGACAACUGCCGCUCUUUGCUUGACUGCAUCUAUAGUAAUGGGCUUUCUCAGAUCAACUUUAUACCUAAUGCAUCGAAUAACAUUCUCGAUCUCAUAAUUGUCUCUGACGAGAUCCUACAUUAUUGUGCCCCACCGGUGGUGUCUCCUUUCCCUAUGGUUGCCGUUGAUGUUCAUCAUCCUCCUGUUGAACUACACUUAACUGGUGCUGGCAAUACAGCUCGUUCCUGGCGUUCUACCUCACCAAACCGUGAGUCCGGCACACGUAACUACAGGCGAACUAACUUUAUCCGUCUAGCUGAACUGCUUCAAUCUACUGACUGGUCUUUCCUGGAAGGUAAUCCGGAUGUUAACUCAGCAUUGGAACUAUUUAACACAACACUACUGGCGCUUAUAUCUGAUUGCUGUCCUCUAAUGCCACCGCGUCGCAGUCCACCAUGGUCUGAUGCACGUUUACGCCGUCUAAAGCAAAACAAAGCGUCAUGCUUUCGCUUUUACAGUACAAAUGGUACACAACACUCCAAAUUAAGGUUCAUUGCUGCCCAUAAUGUAUAUAGAAGCUAUAACAGACAACUUCAUACUAAUUAUCUCAUUCGAGUGAAAUUCUCGCUCAUCAGACACCCAACACGAUUCUGGAGGUAUGUUGAAUCAAAACGCGGUAACAGCUCGCUCCCCGAUGUUCUCACAUAUAACAACGUCUCCACAAGCAGUAAGGAAGGCAUGUGCAACUUAUUUGCUGAUCGUUUCAAGGACUGCUUUACUACGGAUGAUGCAAGCUUAUCAUUAGAAGCAGCUUUAAAUAAUGUGCCCCGUGAUGUUGUUGACAUUGAUGUACGCGAUAUUAUUAUCUCGGUAGAUACUGUACUACGUGCUCUGCAGCAGGUCAAAACCUCAUACAACCCUGGACCCGAUGGUAUUCCUACGGCAAUCCUUGCCAAAUGCCGCGAAUUUUUAGCAGAGCCUCUGUCUCAAAUCUACCAACUCUCUUUUGCACAAAGUACUGUACCCACGGCCUGGAAAUCCUCUGUGAUGUUUCCGGUGUACAAAAAAGGAGAUAAAAACUCUGCUGAGAACUACCGCGGUAUAACCACCUUGCCUUCUUGUGCCAAGGUGUUUGAGAUCGUCAUACAAAACUCGCUAAUGUAUCACUGUCGUUCUUAUAUUUCUACACGCCAGCAUGGUUUCUUUCCUCGACGCAGUGUUACCACAAACCUGGUGGAAUUCGUCUCCAACUGCCACGCAGCCUUUACUUCCGGAGCUCAGAUGGAUGCAGUAUACACUGAUCUUAAGGCUGCGUUUGAUCGUGUGAACCAUCGCUUGCUGUUGGCUAAGCUCGCCCGGAUCGGUCUCUCUACUCCGCUGGUGAAUUGGUUCAGGUCCUAUAUCUCUGAACGUAGCUACUACGUACAAAUCGAUGGUGUCUCCUCUAAGGUUUUCGAGAGUUCAUCUGGCGUCCCUCAGGGCAGCAACUUGGGACCACUGCUGUUCUCGCUUUUUAUUAACGACGUCACACUGGCCAUUACGGAAGCAGAUUGUCUGCUUUAUGCGGAUGAUGUUAGGCUGUUUCGUAUCGUACGGAAUACUUCCGACUCUCUUUCACUGCAAAGAUCGAUUGAUGUUUUCUCUGACUGGUGUAUCAACAACGACCUGCUAAUUUCUGUUGAUAAGUGUA